AUGGAUGGGCUUCAACAUUUGAUUCACAUAAAAGACUCUAUUAUCAAGAAAUACCGGCCAAGUUCAGUUCGUAAAAAUGAGUGGAAAGAUGAACUUGCUGAAGUAGUAGUCAGAACGGCAUACCACUCUGACGAAAUCUCUGAGACAGAUGAAGAACUUGCAGAGCCUGGUAAUAAUAAGUUUGCUACCGAUUUCGAAUCAAGUGAUGAUUCUGGGUCCAAUAACAAUUCUGGGUCCAUUAACAAAUCUGGGUCCAACAAUAAUAACAAUUCUGAGUCCAACGACAAUUCUGGGUUCACUAACGGUAACAAUUCUGGGUUCAACAACAAUUCUGGGUCCAACAACAAUUCUGGGUCCAACAACAAUUCUGGGUCUAACAAAUAUUCUGGGUCUAACAACGACAACAAUUCUGGGUCCAAUGACAAUUCUGGGUCCAACAAUGACAAUUCUGGAAACAAUUCUAGGUCCAACAAUGAUAAUUUUGGGUCCAAUAAUGAUAAUUCUGGGUCCAACAACAACAAUUCUGGAUCUGAUAACACCAAUUCUGGGUCCAACAAGAAUGAUUCUGGGUCCAACAAUGCUGGGUCUAACAAUAAUUCUGGGUCCAACAAAAAAGCUGGAACCAAUGAUUCUAGCCUUAAAAAUGAACGAAGUAAUUCUGAGUCUACUAGCAAAUCAAAAAAAAGAUCUGCAUUGAAAGAAUCUAGAAAUGAAAGAACUUCCAAAUCAAGUCAUUGCGAUAAUAAAUUUGGUAUUCGUAGCAGUGAAGAUGAGGAGGAUGGGGAUUAUGUUGAGUGA